UUUCCAAAGUUUUCAAAGAGGGUGGCAUAUUCUGCACUUCACUCUCAGCUUCCAAAGCCUCAGCACUUACACAGCCUCACAGCCUUGCAGGAAGCACAAAUAUGUGUGCGUGUGUGCUGGUUUAUGAGCAACAGUGGAAAUGUUUGCAUUUCAUUAACUUACCGCUGUUGGUGUAAAGGUGGAUUUUAACCUUGAGACAAAGGGGAAGAGAAGAGAAGAGAACUUCCAAAAUGGGAUAGAAAAAGCAAUCAAACUGACACCUUGAGUUGAGACACUGGAUUUGGGUGAGUCAGAGAGACAGGGAGGACAAAACAGUGGAUGGAUAUGGGCAGAGAGCGACUCACUCUGGGACUGCUGCUGCGUUUGGGCAUCCUGUUCACUGCUGUGUGUGUGUGCAUUCAUCUUUACCUGGAGAGAGGUUGGCAGGGUGCCUCAGUACCCUUGGCUUUGAGACGUCCAACUAAAUCUAAUCAAAAGUGGGGUGAACAGAGUAAAAUGAAACAGGUGUCUGCAGAAGAAGCAGAGGAGCUGGGCAAAAGCAUUAAAAGGAGAAUUUCUUAUGUUCACAAACUGAAGAAGGACAGUCUAGUUAGGAAGACUGAGGGAGACACAGAGGGCCCCUCACCACGAUGCUGCCCGCCUCUGCAACUACACAGAAAGGCAUGCAACAAACUGGCAAUCUGACCAAGCUGCACUCUUCUUUGGGAUAGUCUCCAGCUGAUGCUAAAUUGGACUCCACGGUGGCAUAUAGACCUGGAGCCCUGGGCCAGUGAGAGUCAGUCACUGGAGGAUGAAGCUAAAAGGUUCCUCAGCUACAUCACAACUCAGCAAGUGUCAUGUGCGUCACUUCGAGGCAAGAAAGCAGACCAGGAAGGGUCCAUUGGGGCAUGGGCUGUGUGCCUAGAUCCCAAUUAUAAACUGAUCCGCAGGAUAGAGAGCAGACACUGCAGGGUGUACUCUUUUGGGUUAGGAGUGGAUGACCGGUCCCUGGAAAGUUCUCUCGCCCAAUCAGGCUGUGAAGUUCACUGUUUUGAUCCCAGCCUUAAGCAGCCUCACCUGCAACAAGCUGAAAUGUGGCUCCAUCGUCUUUCUGUAGAUUGGAGGGAUCCCAGCCCGGUCGUUGUUGCCCAGCGUCAGUAUGCCAGCACGAAGAAACUAGCCACCAUACUUAAUGACUUUGGACACAGAGAGGUGGAUGUACUGAAGGCAGACAUGGAGAGUGCAGAAUGGAAGAUUUUGGAAAAUUUGAUCCUCGAAAGAGUUCUGGAUUCAGUGGGACAGCUGCUGCUGGAGCUUCACCUGCACUGGGCAGGCUUUGAGGUGGGUGGCGAUGAGCCAUCUGUGGUGCGGUACUGGUACAGCCUGCUGAAGGAGCUUGAGCGCUCCGGCUUCCACCUCUUCCACAUCCACAGCGAUCCUGCCAAACCUCACAUUUUUCUACAGAAGAAUGUGCUUAAUGCCAGCAGUGCUUACACCUUGAGCUGGGUGAAUACUCAGUGGAGGCCUUUAGGGAAACCAGAUAGAACUCAAAAAUAACUUUUUACCGUCGCUGAUAACUGGAAAUCUGAAUGUGUAACAUGGACUUUCUGGGGCACAGCUCUCUUCAAAUACACUGCUCUUAUCUGGCCCGACCUUUGAAAAAAAAGAAAAAAUCUCUGCUCCUACUUAUCCUCCCGCUCAUCCUCUGCUGGCCUGCGAUGACCUAAGCCAAGUAAAGGAGCAGCAUAAUUACCUCCAGAGGCUCUGUGUUCUACCUCAUAGUGGCUGUAUUAUUGGCUGCAGGAAAGUCACAGUCAAAAUCAUCAAGGUCCUAUCUAAGCCUGGCCCAAAGCCAGGCAGUUCUACCUGAUAGUAGACAGCAGAAGUCCAUAGACUACGCAGCUCACGAGCUAAAUUAUGAAUUCAAGGAAGCGGAUACAGCGUUACAGGGUCACCGACAGUGAGUGAAUAUUUUAAGGAGGCGGGAAAGAGACGGGAUCUGCUCCCGAAGAAGUAGUUUCCAUGCAUCACCACAGCAUGACAAUGUGAUAAAUGGGACUGUACACUUGUACAGAGUUUGCCUGUUGGCUAUUUAAACGUGGAUAUUUGUGCAAGUAAGAGAAAAACAACUGUAAUUCCAGUUUCUGGAAUUAUAAUAGAAUACCCCCCCCCC